AUGGAACGAAAUAUUUUAAUUGUCGGCUGCGGCGUUGCUGGCGCGUCGCUGGCAUCAUUUCUAGCUCUUAGUGGUGGCCGCUACCGAAUCACCAUCGUGGAUCGAGUACCUAAUCUCCGGCCCCAUGGCCAGAAUGUCGAUAUUAGAAACGAAGGAAUUGAGUCUUUGCGCAAGUUGGGAAUCGCAAAUCAAGUAUUGGAGUCAACAACCGGUGAAAUUGGUGUUCGCCAUGUUGAUGAGAAUGACCAAAUUUGGGCUGAGGUACCAGUAAUUCAUGACGCGGCGGUGCAUUCACCUACCAGCGAAAUUGAGAUUUUGCGUGGACGUUUAGCCUCAAUCUGCUGGGAAAGAAGCAAAGAGCUCGGUAGUCGCCUUCAGCAAAGCGGCAACGGCGAAAUCGAAUAUCUCUUUGGGGAAUCCAUCAGCAACAUUGAACAGGAACCAGAUGCAGUUCACGUCACCUUUCAGAACAGCAAAACAACCCGGAAAUUCCAUUUUGUGAUUGGUGCGGACGGUCUACGAAGCCAAACAAGAAGAUUAACGUGGGGCAAACAAAAAGAAGUCGAUUUUGUUCGGAGUAUUGGAGCGUAUGGAGCUUUCUUCAGCAUUCCCUCCUCUGCCACAGAUUCCCAAUGGCGGCGCUGGUGUCUUGUUCCGGGACGGAAGUCUAUCAUGCUUCGACCUGACGGAACUGGAGCUCGCACCACAGUACUGAUGACUAUUAUUAAACAGCCCAACUUGGGACUAGAGGUUCUCGCAGAAAACCACACCGAAGCAACGACCACAAAAAAGAAGCUCCUGGCUUCUCUCUUCGCCAGCACCGGUUGGGAGACACCGCGCAUUCUCACAGGCAUGAAUGAAACGGACAAUUUUUAUUGUGAUGAGAUUGCUCAGGUAAAAAUGCAAACCUGGUUCAAGGGAAGGGUGUUUCUAUUAGGGGAUGCAGCGUGGUGUUCUUCGCCAAUGUCUGGCCUUGGUACGACAUUAGCCCUUGUCGGUGCAGAAGAGCUGGCCAAGGCUCUGCAGGCGCAUAGCGACGAGCCAGAGGUUAUGGGCCGUGCUUAUGAAGCCGCAAUGAAGCCCAUGGUGAAAGAAGCACAGAAGCUCCCACCCGGAGGACCGGCGAUAAUACAUCCUGCGACAAGUUGGGGCAUAUAUUUCUUGCACCUUCUUAUGUUGUGUGCAACAAAGGUUAUCCCUAUUAUCAUUUGUAUUAUUAAGCUUUUUAAAAGGUCAAAGUAG